GGUUCCCCUCAUUCAUCAGAUCGUCUGCAGACACAUCAACAUAAUCUCCUUCGUCUCUCAACUCUUCACUUCUCUCUGUCUCUCAGCUGCCUAGUCAAAGUAAAACAGACAAAAUGGGGAAAAUUGACGGAUGCCUGAAGGCUGUUUUCAUCUCCUUCAAUUGCUUGUUUGCUAGUUUUGGAUGCCUGUUGAUCUGCGGAUUGAUCCGUAUGAGUCUCAGUGGCUAUAAGAUGGAAGGGCUUGACACCCCAAGCGUGAUCUGGCUCUGGGUGUUUGCCAUUAUCACUCUCCUGGUCUCCUUGCUGGGGAGCCAUGCGGCACGCACCGAAAAUAAAUGUGGCCUCAAACUUUUUGCAGUUUUGAUGGGGAUUGGAAUGGCCCUCAUGCUAAUCGUUGGAGUUGCUGCCAUUGUUUUAAAAGACAAGGGCAUGGAAAACUUUCAAAGUCCUGAAGUUGCCCAGGAGAUCUUGAAAGACGAGAAGAAAAAACAUCUUCUGAAAACCCUGCAGGGACGGGUUCGGUGUUGUGGAUGGACUGGAGUCGAGGACUGGGGUUCAGACAUCCCUCAAUCUUGUCGCUGCACACCUUCAUAUGGACCAGAAUGUAAAUCCAGCCUACUGGGCUUCUCAUCUGUCUACUCCAAGGCCUGUGGUGAAAUUGUUAAGGAUUAUGUUGAAUAUUAUGCGAAGAUUGGCAUAUGCAUCAUUUUUGGAUUCGCUUUCGUUGCUAUGAUGGGAUUGAUCAUCUCCGCUAAGAUGAUUAAUCAGAUCAGUCAUCACGACAGAGUCGUCAUGCCAACCUUUGGAUUGAAGGCUUAUUGACAUCAACCUCCAAGUCUUGAUGGGUUUUAUUGAAUGAUGCUCAAAUAUUGCUCAGAUUCUUUCUGUUUAAUCUUUAUUUUCGCAAAAAUGUUACCAAAUAAAAUGCUUUGCAAACGUU